GACAAAAGUAAAGUACAAGUAGCAUCAUUUCCUCUUUUCAUAGUCUAAAAAGAGGAUUUGUGAUCCAUUUGGGUCGCAUAUAAAUUCGGAAUUCAAUCAAGCUGACAACAGAUGGCUCUACUGUUGAGACCCACUGCUUUCUCUUUACAUUUCAAACCCUCAAAAAAAUCUGCAAAAAUGGCUCUCAAUUUCACCAAAACCAACAACCAAAACACCAACAAGACCUCCUCAAUCGUUGCCUCCUCUACUGGCAACGACAACAAUAACCCCACAAGAAGGCUGCCCAUAUUGCUCUUCGAUGUCAUGGACACCCUUGUUCGCGACCCUUUUUACCAAGAUAUCCCUGCCUUCUUCAGAAUGUCUUUGAAGGAACUAAUAGAAUGCAAGCAUCCAACUGCAUGGAUCGAGUUUGAAAAGGGGCUGAUCGAUGAGAUGGAGCUAGCUAGCAAAUUUUUUAAAGAUGGAAGGCCUUUUGAUUUGGCAGGGCUCAAAAAGUGUAUGAUAAAUGGAUACUCUUAUCUAGAAGGUGUUGAAGGAUUGCUUCAUGAUUUAAAACAAAGCAACUACGAAAUGCAUACUUUUACAAAUUAUCCAAUCUGGUAUAAAAUGAUUGAGGACAAAUUAAAACUCUCAACUUACUUGUCUUGGACAUUCUGUUCAUGUAUAUCUGGAAAAAGAAAGCCUGAGCCUGAUUUUUACUUAGAAGUUCUGAGGCAUCUCGACAUUGAUCCAGCAAGCUGCAUCUUCAUUGAUGACAGGAUGCAAAACGUUGAGGCGGCAAUAGAUGCUGGCAUCAUUGGUCUACAAUUCAAGAAUGCAGAUUUACUGCGUCAGGAUCUCUCUCGCCUAGGUAUUGACAUGUCAUUAUAUGAAGGCAAUAGAAAUCAAGAUCCAGCUGAGAUUGCACAAUAGCAAUUGACUUGAUCUCUCUCUUGCUCAAAUUUUUUGUUUAUGUUUUAUCAUUUAUUACUCUUGGUAAGCAGAAAUUGGUUGAAGAAGAUCCUACAGAGAUCAUUUAAUAAGAAGAUCGUAUUGAGAUCAUUUGAUUCGUGAAUUUUUAAAUAAAUGCCCAUAAUUUGUUUGAA